AUGUUGACUCGAAGCUUUGCCCGCGCGGCUGUCGCUGCACCACGCUCCCUACGAGCUUUCAGCGUCUCUGCUGCUCAGCAUAAGGUUCCUUCCAUGUCAGAUAUUACCCUCGACCAGGUCGAGUCGUUCAAUGCCAAGCAGAAGGUUUUCCGCGAGAAGCUGGUCAAGAUGGAGCAGGAAAAGGAAGAGAGUACGUUCAAUUUAUCUUCUGACUCAUCAUCAGCUCAAUAUGAGGGGGACGCUGAGCAAGGCGCCCUCCUUCAAACGUCUCAAGGUCUUGGCUCAUUAAGCAUUGCACCCACAGGACGUCAAGCCGAAGCCCGCGAGAAAGCCGCCCAGAAAGAACCCCAUCGACCCGAGGGCAUGCUCACAAACCUGAUCUACGGCACCAAGGAGGGUCGCGAGCUCGACGCCCAGCUCGAAGCUUCCUUCUCGGCUGUCCUUGCGAGAGGCAAAUAUGUCCACUCCAUCGUCUUUCACGAAGUCGAGCCCGACAAGGUGGAUGAGUAUGUCGAGCUCGUUGGGAAGUGGUACCCGCGCAUGGCAUCUAUCGAGGAGAAUAAGGUCCACCUCGUGGGCAGCUGGCGCACCGACGUUGGCGACUGCGAUACCUUUGUUCACAUUUGGGAGUACCAGCGAUACCAGGGCUACCACCAGUCCCUGCAUUCCAUCUCGAGACACCCCGACUUUCCCGAGUUUGACAGAAAGCUCAGGAAGUUGAUCAAGAGCAAGAAAACCUCCAUCAUGCAGGAAUUCAGCUUCUGGCCCACUACCUCGCCCCGCCAGCUUGGUGGCGUUUUUGAGCUCAGGUCGUACACUCUACACCCGGGUAACCUGCUGGACUGGGAGACGCACUGGCGCAAGGGCUUGAAGGCCCGUAGAGAAGUCAUGGAAGGUGUUGGAGCUUGGUUCGUACAGAUUGGCGAUCUCAACACUGUUCACCACCUGUGGCAAUUCGCCAACCUUGAGGAACGUAAGAGACGUCGCGAGCAGAGCUGGGGACAAGAGGGUUGGGCCGACACGGUCCACAAGACUGUGCCUCUUAUUCAGGGCAUGAAGUCGAGAAUCUUGACCCCCAUGCCAUGGUCUCCCGUGGCAUAA